AUGGCCGUCGAAGCGCUUGCUGUCAUAGUGCCUUCGCACACCAACGGUACCAAUGGAGUGAACGGUGUCAACCGAGUCAAUGGCGAUGUUGGUCACAACAACAUGCCAGUCGCCCUGUUGUUAGAGGCGCUGCAACGUCUCCUGGUCGACUCAAAGACCAUCGGCAUGCUAUCCAAGAAGUUCAGCCUCGACAACUUCAUCAAUAAACACGCCGUUCACAAGAAGGUGAUCACCAACAUUGACAUCGACAAGGUCAACGUUGAAAAUGAAAACGAUGCCUUCCUCGACACCAUGAUAGACCUCAAGGUCCAGAAGGACUAA